GUCUAGUUGACCGGCGGGGAUGGCGUUUCGUCUCCCCUCUCCGUUUGAAUGGGAGUUUGAAGAGAAACUGACGAGUGAUCUGGCUGAAGAAAUGGCUAGUGCAGACCUUGUCAAAGAAACGAUUCUUAGAUCCCGAAUUGGGGCGAGGUCGUCCAAUCAGCAAUCUCUUGUUGCCUCUGGCAUCAAUUUGAUUGUGUCCCGAGAAUCGGGUUCUGACCGAACGGUCCCGACGGGAUCCUGUCGGCCGGCGCUGGUGACGAAAGCUGUCAUUGGUGAAGACACCGGAAGACACACGAGUGGGGAUGGUCUUAAGCCCAGUGUUGAGGCGAAUUCGUCCGUCCGACAACCCAAUGGUGCUCCGGUCACCGGAGUGGCCCUUGUUCGGCGAUCGGGUAUCCCGUGGUUGAAACUGACCGGUAACGGACGCCCGGCGUUGAGAACGUCUGGAAAAUCCGAUUGUGGGGGCAAGGCUAACAAACCCCUGAUUUCUUGGGGAGGGAAGUAUCCUAAUCUCCCUGUGCGUAUCCCGCGAAAUGAGGACCUAUUUCAAAAAUUGUGCUCUGAUGAUAAUCACCACAUAGACCCAUCUCCAAUAGGAGUCUGUAACCAGACGAACAAACGCGGUGCCGCUACCUAUUUAACUUGGGACCCGAAGCUAACCCCAAUUACACGAUCAAUAAAUCCUAGGGGUUCUCUGGUGGUUCGUACAAGUUCGGCGGCAAAGUUGCAGGCUCCAGUAACUGGUACGUGGGUUAUUCGAUAUACUCAAUUCCCUCCUCUGUUUGAUAAAGGCAGUUCCCCCCUGUUUCGGCUGUCUUCUCCGAUUCCCACCUUCCCGUGGUCGAUUGGGGGGACGCCGGCCUCCUCUGCCUUAGAACCAACCGCUAACGGUUCGUAUUCUCUGCAGCUUACAGAGAUGGUGCAGGCGUCGCAUGAUCAGGAGGAAAAUCGUGCUGGUAGGAUGACUCACGAAGCUGCUCUGGAGGAUGAACCGCUAUGGAUGGGGUCAUCGCAUGAACCCUUUCUAACAGUGGAACCACAACCCCAGCGGGAGCGUGGCCCUUUCAGGGUGCCGAUCUCUCGAACCCCUAAGAUCUCCUUCGGGAAACAGGGUCGCCGUGGCCAAUCACGUAAGCCUGCUGUUGAGCACCCGGCGUCUAAGGAGAGACUUGAUACUGGCUCGCGGCCUGCUCAGGCUACUCGACUGAUCCCCGCCUCGGCAGCAGAGGCUCCGGUUGAAGGCGAUGGGGGAAGCCCUGUUAUCAAAAAGCAGAGCGAGAGGCAGCCGGUAAAUAUGGCGGAGCUGAGUACUAGGGAGAAAGAUGCAUCCCGCCGGCGACGCAUCAUCCUGGAGAAUGACCCUGAAGACGAUUUCGAGGUGCAAGCUAUCCCGAUUCCGCGGCCUUCUCGUCCGGCGGACAUUAAUCAGUCCCGAAAGGGCAAGAAAUCGGGUCUGGUGAUUGGGGUACCGUCCCCGAAACCUAAAGCUGCUGCUAAGAAGAAGGCCACCUUGGCUAAGGGCGGCGCUCCGGUGGAGGGAAACCGGGGCUCGAAACCCAGAAAUGGUAAGCAGGGGAGUUCAAGGGGUGAACAGAAGAUGGAGGAGACAGCAGGUGGCAGGCCUCCGGCGGCUGAGAACGGGAAGGAGGAAGGGUUGGUGGCUGCGGUGGAAAUUCCCGGUAGCACGGCUGGGCCUAAGGCCCACUUUGCAGACAGCAACCCGGCUGGGCCUACGGCCCAUUUUGCAGACCAGGAGCCCAUAGCUUCGGAAGAGGAGUCUGUGGAAAAUGAUGAGCGGGCUUUUGAGCUCCGGCGUAGGGAGCCGCUGAAGGAAAAAAAGUUUAAACGCUUGACCCAUCCAAAUCGGGUACACCAAGUUGUUCAGGCGUUUGAAAAUGGGCUAUCGAUGACUGAACCAAUCGAGAAUCCUUCCACAGCAGCUAGCAUCUCGAUCGAGCAUAACGCCAGAGCAGAGAGAAUGAGACUCUUCAGGAAACAGGAAAAACCAAGAGGGCUAAGGCAUCUCUUCAAGAAAGAGGAAAAAACAAGAUGGAUAAUGCGUUUCUUCAAGAAAGAGGAAAAACCAAGAGGGCCAGUGCAUUUCUUCAAGAAAGAGGAAGAAACAAGAGGACUACUGCGUAUCUUCAAGAAGAAAGAGGAAAACACAAGGCGCUCCCGAUGGCCAAGGUCGGUCAUGCUGCCAGAGGUGUUCUGCUGCGGGUUUGCAGACAGACAAGCUAUAGCUAUCGAAAAGAUCAAGCUUCUUAAGAAGCGCCGGCGCGCCGCCGCAGCCGCCGGCGACGCGGCACGAGUCGCUAGCCUGGAUGUGAACAUUACGGCCGCGCUGGAGAUAUCUGCUACCCUGCUAGGAAUUAUUGAGCCGGUAUUGGGUAUUUUUGAUUACACCGAGCUCUAUCGCGAGUACAUUCCAAGGCCGCGUGGGGUUCGGGACGACAGGACGGUCUGGACGGUCGUCGGAGAGACAGCCGCCGCCACCAUCGAGCGGAUCAACGAAAUGGAGAUGAGAGCGAAGGAUUACGUCGAGACUCUGAUGGAGCGCGACGCUAUGGCUCAGAAGGUGGAAGCCUUCAUUGACACGGAGGCUAUACCGCAGACUAGAGUUCAACCGAGGCUUCACAAAGAUGGCUGGGACAAGGCCAAAGAAUGGGUUGACCUUCUCCACGCUUUGACCCUGAAGGGCAGCGGUCUUGAUCUCGACGUUGAGAUUAUGAACAAGUCACUGAGCAUUCUUAAGGUAAAGAUUCACCAGGCAGCAGAGGCUAUACUUGCUGCCGACGCCCAAGACCUUGCCCUUCCCCACUACUUAGCCGCUCACAAAGGUAAGGUCUGCGCACACAAAGAAGAGAAGGUCCAAGCUGAUGGUUACAAGGACGACAAAGACGGCCUUAAGACAACAAUGCUUGAGAUCAGUAAGCUGGAAGAGGAGAUAAACGGGAAGAUAGCGGCGAAGGUUGGUCUGGUGAAAGAGAUUGCAGCAGCAGCACCCAGCCUGUGCGAUGGAGACAAAAAGCCCGAAGAAUCUUCGUCGUCGUCGUCGCUCAUCAAGAACAUAGCGGUAAAGCUUGGCCUGGUGAAAGAGAAUAUUGUGGUGGCAAGAGAUGAGGAGCUUCAAGAGUCACUGAUCAAGCAGUUUGAUAAGGCGAGGGAGGAAUUCGAUCAUCUCUGUGCUGCUCUUCGCUCCAAGAGAUCAUCACUGAUGAAUCCCAACAGGGCCACGCUCAAACGAAAGGAAAUCGGCAUUGGAUCCCAACAUGGCUGCUGGCAACCCUCAAACAAAAAGAAAUUGGCAACUGGGGUUGCUGUUCAGAAGGUGAAGAUGGAGAUGCUUGAAGACGAAGACCAGAAGGUGAAGAUGAAGAUGCUUUGAAGAAGAAGACGUUUCUGUAUGAGAAACGUUUCAAUCUGCCCCUUUAAGUUUUUACAUGCAAACUGUGUCGUUUUGUCUAUUACGCGGUAGCCGUUAUUUAAGUAUUGUUCAUCUUUGUAGUAGCCUAUAAAAUAGGGACACGGGC